AUGGCAAACCCACAAAAAGACCGCGUCCUUCUAGCCGCCAUCGGCGACGAGGACUCAGUGACAGGCCUCCUACUCGCGGGCAUCGGGCACAUGGACACCAAAUCCAAGCCCAACUUCCUCGUCGUCGACUCCAAAACACCCUUACCCAAAGUCGAAGAAACGUUUCAGGAGUUCACGUCCCGCAAGGACAUUGCGAUCAUCCUGAUUACGCAGCAGGUCGCGGAUGAGAUUAGGCAUUUGUUGGACGACUAUGAGCAGGCGUUUCCAACUGUGUUGGAGAUUCCGAGUAAGGAUAGGCCUUAUGAUCCGUCGAAGGACUCGGUUUUGAAACGCGUGCAAAGACUCUUCGGCGAAGGAUCAUAA